AUGUCUGCCUCCGCGUGCGAUGAGAAAGGGAGGCCGCCUAGAAAGUCCAGACAUCUCAGCCUAUACCCUGAGGACAUCCUGGAUAUCACCGCCGACCCUCUGGAUCCCUUCAGGUUGCUUUUCCUCUCCACCAUCCACGCUACUCACUUUGCCUCCCCCCAGAGUACCCUCCUCCUAAACUUUAGCACCACCUGCAACCCCCCAAACCCUAGCCCACACCCGGACUCCCACGGCCGCCUGGCCCACCGGGGUUCCUGGAAUAGGAUACAACUGGAGGGCUCGGUUACUCAGAACUCUGGCUCCGGUGCGGGGGCCUCUGGGAUUAGCCAGGUCACCAGCGCCUCCAUGAACUCCAUGACUGACGGCGUCAGCAGGGCAAGCUGGGUCGCCAGGGUCAUCCUGGCCACCAGCACCACCCGGCAUGCUGUGGCUGUCACGUGCUGUGCCCGUUGCAAAGGCCACGGCACCUGGAUCUUCAUCGGCUGCCCUGGUGGCUCCUCCACCCUCCUCAGUGCGCAUGUUCAAACAGACACCGCCACACUCCUCGGCGCACGCGACUGUUUCCGGUCCAAGGCGGCAAACCCCAAGGGCCGCCCAUUACCCGAGAGUCUGCAGUCAUCGCGGGAACGAAUGGUCGGUGGGAACCAAUCGAGAGGCAGGACCAGGCUGUGUGUGCGCAGGCGCUCUGCCUAUGGAGAGUCAGGUGGCGCAGCUGGUGCCAUUCUGCACAUCCCGGGGCCACCUCAUGCCCCAGGGCCUGGUGGAGAUGCUGCACCCGGAGCCAGAGUUCUGAGUAACCGAGCCCUCCAGUUCAGCCUCACUGUGCCUUUCUCAUCGCACGCGGAGGCAGACAUCGCCCGCCACUUCCUGACUCCACGUACUCAACUGCAAGGGCCGAUUCGGAAGGAGCUCAAUGUUAAUGGCCGCAUGCUGGUUCUCCGAUUGACUGCUGAAGACCCUGGCCUGCUCCAGAGGUCCAUCGCCUUCUGUCUGGAGCAGCUUUCCCUGGUGAUGCGGUCCUUGCAGCACUUUGUGGCCCCCGUUUCUGCUAAGCCUCAGCACGGAAGAGGGGUUUAAACCUAGCCUAUGUGCCCUAGCCUCAAGUGUCCUUCCCCAGGGCAUUGCUUUCUGCAGUAGUUUGAUUGGGCUUCAUCUUCUGCCUGUGCUGCUGCUUGGGGCUCAGUGUCUACAUAGUUUGUUUGGUGACUGUUAACUACAGAAAAUACUUUGUUUGAUGAUUGUUAACUGCAGGAAAUAAAACUGAGCUACUGUGCUA